GCUCUCGUGGAGGCAGCUAGCGCGAGGCUGGGGAGCGCUGAGCCGCGCGUCGUGCCCUGCGCUGCCCAGACUAGCGAACAAUACAGGUACGUUUCCAUCGCCCGCGCCCGCCGUCGCCGCCACUUCUGCAGCAGCAGCGGCGCCCGCACAACUUUCCGGCCCGGAGCUCCGCGAGCGCGCCGCCCCCUCCGGCCGCCUGUGGUCCCGCGCCCUUCCCGCCCCUGCGCCUUCGCUCCUGCUGGGUGGCCGCGAAGCGAGAAGCGAUUCAGUCAGGAUGGCUAAAGGUGACCCCAAGAAACCAAAGGGCAAGAUGUCUGCUUAUGCUUUCUUCGUGCAGACUUGCAGAGAAGAGCAUAAGAAGAAGAAUCCAGAGGUCCCAGUCAAUUUUGCAGAGUUCUCAAAGAAGUGCUCUGAGCGGUGGAAGACCAUGUCUGGCAAAGAGAAAUCUAAGUUUGAUGAAAUGGCUAAGGCCGAUAAAGUACGCUAUGAUCGGGAAAUGAAAGAUUAUGGACCAGCUAAGGGAGGCAAGAAGAAAAAAGACCCCAAUGCCCCCAAAAGACCACCGUCUGGAUUUUUCUUAUUCUGCUCUGAAUUCCGCCCGAAGAUCAAAUCCACAAAUCCUGGCAUCUCCAUUGGAGACGUGGCGAAAAAGCUGGGUGAGAUGUGGAAUAAUUUGAGCGAUAGUGAAAAGCAGCCAUACAUCACCAAGGCUGCAAAACUGAAGGAGAAAUAUGAGAAGGAUGUGGCUGACUAUAAAUCUAAAGGGAAAUUCGAUGGCGCCAAGGGUCCUGCUAAAGUCGCCCGGAAAAAGGUGGAAGAGGAAGAGGAGGAGGAGGAGGAGGAAGAAGAGGAGGAGGAGGAGGAAGAGGAUGAAUAAAAAAACUUUUUUCUGUCUCCUUGUGAAUACCUUAGAGUAGGGGAGCGCCUUGAUUGACACAUCUCUUAUUUGAGCCGUGUCUAUUGCUCUUGUUAGGUUUAAUUACAAAAUUUGAUCACGAUCAUAUUGUAGUCUCUCAAAGUGUCAGUGGUUUACAUGAAAUGGCCGUGGGUGUCCAGAGCGCCCUGAAACUGUAUCAAAGUUGUACAUAUCUCCAAACAUUUUUAAGAUGGAAAGGCACUCUCGUGUUCUCAACUCUGUGCACUUUGCUAUUGGUGUGACAAGGCAUUUGAAGAUGUUUCUGGCAUUUUGUUUUCAACUCGUAAGGUGUAUUAACUAUGGUUAUUGGCUAGAAAUCCUGAGUGGUCAACUGUAUAUAUCUAUAGUUUGUAAAGAGAACAAAACAACCAAGACAAAGUCUUGAUGCUCCUUGCUUGGCGUGGAGGCUGUGAGGAAGAUGCCUUUUGGAGGGGCCGUAGCUCAGGGCGUGCACUGUGAGGCUGGACCUGUUGAUACUGCGGUGGGCAUCCAUUUAGCUUCAGGUUGUCUUGUUUUUGUAUAUAGUGACAUAGCAAUUCUGCUGGCAUUCUUAGUUGUGGAAGGGGGGGAGGGGUCAGCUGGCAUGAGAAGUGUUUGGGUUUUUUCUUUUAGUUAAGUGCGGUAGAUUUUAAACUGUUUGUUUCCCAACAAACUAUAGAACUCAUUGUCAGCAAAGCAAAGAACUACUACAUCACCGGAAGUUCAAGAGCCCUCUGUACUUAAGCGCAAUUUGCGACAUUCUGUUAUUUUUUGUAUGUUUAGAAUGCUGAGAUGUUUUUGAAGUCAAAUAAACAGUAUUACAUUUUUAAAACUG